AUGAGUAAUGGACACGUCAAGUUUGAUGCCGAUGAAAGUCAAGCCAGCGCAAGUGCUGUCACGGAUAGACAAGAUGAUGUGCUGGUAAUAUCAAAAAAGGACAAGGAAGUGCAUUCAAGUAGUGAUGAGGAAAGUGAUGAUGAUGAUGCUCCACAAGAAGAAGGGCUUCACUCUGGGAAAAGUGAGGUAGAAUCACAGAUCACUCAGAGGGAGGAGGCUAUAAGGCUGGAACAAUCACAAUUGCGGUCCAAGAGAAGGAAGCAAAAUGAAUUAUACGCCAAGCAAAAGAAAUCAGUGAAUGAGACAGAGGUCACUGAUGAAGUAAUUGCGGAGCUUCCUGAGGAAUUGCUAAAAAAUAUAGAUCAGAAGGACGAAGGUAGUACGCAGUACUCAUCUUCAAGACAUGUAACUUUCGAUAAAUUGGAUGAGUCAGAUGAAAAUGAAGAGGCAUUGGCUAAAGCUAUAAAAACUAAGAAAAGGAAGACAUUAAAAAAUUUAAGGAAAGAUUCGGUGAAAAGAGGAAAAUUUAGAGUUCAAUUGUUAUCCACCACACAAGAUUCUAAAACAUUACCACCAAAGAAAGAAUCAUCCAUCAUACGUUCAAAAGACCGUUGGCUAAAUAGAAAGGCUUUGAAUAAAGGGUAA